CCUGGAUAAGUUUCUUUGUCAUGUAGCCAAGACUGGAGAAACAGAUUCAGUGGUCCCAAUUUAAAGGCUAUUUUAUUUUCAAACUGGAGAAAGUGAUGGAUGAUUUCAGAACUUCAGCUCCUGAGCCAAGAGGUCCUCCCAACCCUAAUGUCGAAUAUAUUCCCUUUGAUGAAACAAAGGAAAGAAUACUGAAAAUUGUCACUGGAUUUAACGGUAUCCCUUUUACUAUUCAGCAACUAUGUGAAUUGUUAACAGAUCCAAGGAGAAACUAUACAGGAACAGACAAAUUUCUCAGAGGAGUAGAAAAGAACGUGAUGGUUGUUAGCUGUGUUUAUCCUCCUUCAGAAAAAAACAAUUCCAAUAGUAUAAAUCGAAUGAAUGGUGUUAUGUUUCCUGGAAAUGCACCAAGCUAUACUGAGAGGUCUAAUAUAAAUGGGCCUGGGACACCCAGGCCACUUAAUCGACCAAAGGUUUCUUUGUCAGCCCCUGUGACAACAAAUGGGUCGCCUGAGAGCACAGACAGCAAAGAGGCACAUUUGCAGCAAAAUGAAGAGAAAAAUCACAGUGACUCUUCAACAUCUGAAUCAGAAGUCUCCUCAGUGAGCCCUUUGAAAAAUAAACAUCCAGAUGAAGAUGCUGUGGAAGCUGAGGGGCAUGAGGUAAAAAGACUCAGGUUUGACAAAAAAGGCAAAGUCAGAGAAACAGCCAGUCAAAGGACUUGCAGCGAAGUUUCUUCAGUUAUGGUAGAAGAAACAGAAGCAUCAUCUUCAUCUCAGGAUAAAGAUAAAGAAAGUCGUUGUACCCGGCAGUGCACGGAAGAGGAUGAAGAAGAGGAUGAAGAGGAAGAAGAAGAGUCUUUUAUGACAUCAAGAGAAAUGAUCCCAGAAAGAAACAAUCAAGAAAAAGAAUCUGAUGAUGCCUCAACUAUGAAUGAAGAGACUUCUGAGGAAAAUAAUCAGAUGGAGGAAUCUAAUGUGUCUCAAGCUGAGAAAAAUUUACUACAUUCUGAAGGUAAUGAAAAUGAAGGCCCUGAAAGUAGUGGUUCUUCUGACUGCCGUGAAACAGAAGAAUUAGCAGGAUCCAAUUCCAGUAAAACUGGAGAGAUUCUUUCAGAAUCAUCCAUGGAAAAUGAUGACGAACCCACGGAAGUCACCGAUGAACCAAUGGAACAAGAUUAUUUAGAAACAUUUAGAUGCAGUAUUUUACAUACAGUUCUGGUUUUAACACCGUAUAAAACUUUUAUGUAAAAAAGUAGACCUUCAGUUUUACAAGAAAAGCAGGUUGUAAAAUAAAGUACUUUAUGGAUACUUCCUGAAA